UACCGGUCUACGUGUCUGUUAAUUGGAUAAAUUUGCACUUGACGUCUUCGUCUUUUGAAAGGCUCAGAGGCAGGUCUCGUGACACUAUGACAGCAUUUUGACCUCUGGACAGAUUGCGAAUCAUCACCCACUUUUUCUCUCGUCACAACGAGCCCCUUUUUUGAGGCUUUAAAAAAGCAGCACUCUUGGCCGACACACACACAAUAAACCCAGCGCGAAGUGAGUCUCCAGUAAAAAAUAAUGCCGCCCGCAACUUCCGCAGCACCGGCUGCAGCCCCUGAGCCGGCAACCGAUGCCCAGCCGGGCAUCAACGCAAUCCUGCUUGGACCCCCAGGCUCAGGAAAGGGAACGCAGGCGCCUCUUCUUAAAAAGAAAUACUGCGUGUGCCACUUAUCAACAGGCGACAUGCUCAGAGCUGAAAUUGGUACAGGCUCGCCGCUUGGAAAAACGUUGAAGAAAACCUUGGAUGCUGGGGCACUCGUCAGUGAUGAUUUGGUUGUGGACCUGAUCGAAACAAACUUGGACAAACCUGAGUGCAAAAAUGGUUUUCUUUUGGAUGGUUUCCCUCGCACCAUUCCCCAAGCACAGAAGCUUGACAAAUUGCUGGACAAGCGCAAGACCGGCCUUGACGCAGUUGUUGAGUUUGGCAUAGAUGACAGCUUGUUGGUUCGCAGGAUCACUGGCAGACUAAUCCAUGUUGCGAGCGGACGGUCAUAUCACGAAGAGUUCCACCCACCACAGAAGCCAAUGACUGAUGAUAUCACGGGGGAGCCUUUGAUUCGCCGCUCAGAUGACAACGCAAAAACUCUGGUGACGCGCCUUGAAGCAUAUCACAAGCAGACCAGCCCCCUCGUUGAGUACUACAAACUUAAAGGCAUUCAUCACUACGUUGAUGCUGCGAAAGCGUCUUCUGAAGUUUUCAGUAAAAUCGAUGGCAUUUUCCAGUCAGCUCGCAGCAAGGACAAGGUCCUGUUUGUCUAAGCAUAAACUAUCUACGUGUAGUUAUCGCCGUGAAAUAAGAAAUGAAUCAUGCUAGACAAAUGAUUUAAUUUGGUCAAUUUGGAACAAAUGGAUUAAAGCAAACGGGGUGUUUGGGAAAUGUUGUGUUAUUUUUCUGUCAGAUGAACUGGCAAUAAAAAAAUUCAAGCUCUAAACGUAAGAACGUCAUUUUAUUUGAAAUAAAAAAGAAUCAUUUGUCCCUGA